CCGACCAGGAUGAUGAUGCUGCUGCAGAAGGCAAUGGCCCUCGUCGCCUUGGCGCCAGCCGCGAUGGCCAUGACGUGCGAUGAUGCGACCGUCAACUGGGUCUGGAGCGGCGCCAUGACCAGCUCGUCGCUCCGUCUCCGCGUCUCUACGAGCAUGACGGAUCCCGGCUGCAGUCCCGACGCAGUCCAGCUCCACGUGAUGCAGGCGGCCGGUGCAGCUAGCGUGUACGAAGCCACCAAGCAAGCCAUGGGGCCAUCGACAUGGCUCCUCGACUUCCACGCCACGGACCUGGUGCCCGGGCCGAUGCAGUACGAAGUGCGGUAUGGCGCCGACACGGUGCUCAAGGCGCAGACAGGCGCGAUCUCGCUACCGCCGGCUCCAGGAACCCCCACGUCGUUUGAGAUUGCUUUUUCAUCGUGCGCCGACCAAGACUCGAACCCAAAGGUCUUUGAGACCAUUGCCAAGCACAACCCGCUCUUCUUCCUGCACAUGGGCGACCUCCACUACGACAACAUUGAAGUCAACGACGUCCAAGUGUUCCGAAGUGCGUACGAAACCAUGUUUGCGUCGCCUGCAGGCAAGGCGAUGCUCGGUAUGGAUCUACCGAUGGCGUACAUGUGGGACGACCACGACUUCGGUCCGGACAACAGCGAUGGCACCGCGCCAGGUCGAGAAGCGUCGCUUCAAGUCUACCGAGAAUACGUACCGCACUACCCGCUGCAGGACAAGCCCGGCGCCAUUGCACCGGAGGAGCGUCCGAUUCAGCAAGCCUUUACCAUCGGGCGCGUUCGCUUUCUUGUGACCGACCUGCGCUCGCAGCGCACGCCCAACACGGACCCCGAUGUACCCACCAAGUCCGUCUUGGGGCCUGCGCAAAAGCUCUGGUUCAAGCGAGAACUGCUCGCUGCUUCGUCGCCAGAGAGCGCCGUGGGCCUGAUCGUGUGGGUAAACACGAUGCCGUGGAUCGACGACGAGCGCAAGUGGGGCCAUUUCAAGUACGAGCAAGCCGAGCUUGUGGCCUUUCUCACCGAACACGACCUCAACACGCGCGUCCCGAUUGUGAUUGCGAGCGGUGACGCGCAUAUGCUGGCGGUGGACGACGGCAGCCACAGUCCUGGGCACCUCCCGACGUUCCACGCAGCUGCGCUGGGCCGUCCGGGCUCGAUCAAGGGCGGGCCGUACAGCCAUGGUGCGAUCCCUGGCUCGGGACGCUUUGGUUUGAUGCGAUUCGACGACGAUGGCAGUCGUAUUUGUCUGCGCUACAGCGGUCGCAACUUGCACGACGACGAGCUCUUGGCGUUCGACACGUGUCAUCCGGUGGCCGGGACCGCGUUUUACCCGCCGCCGAUCUUUGUGCGCCAGCUCACGCGUGGCAUCCGGAAGCUCUACUCGCGCGCGCUGACCAAGUGGCUUCGUGCGUCGCCGUUGGAGCUGGCGGCGCUGGCCAGUCUCGUGCUCGGCCUCGUCGGUCUCCUGCUCGUGCGCAACAAGCACACCCGCCCCGCCAAGCGCGACUAGG